CCAUCUCCGGCGCGACAGCGAACGACACCACGAAAGAAUGACCGGCGAUUGGGAAUUGCCUCGUCUCUGCCGUCUGAUCGAGGAGCUCCUUCGUCCUUACUUCGAGCAGGACGCAGGUUCUGUGUCUUUAACCAGAGAAAAGGAGAAGAACCUUCUGAUUUCACUCUCUAAGGUUUACAGAGAGAUUCAGGUCUGGAUUCGUGAAAUGGAGGUUGAUUCCGAUGAAGAGACCGUGGUUUCUGAAUGUUUAUCGGCGGAUGCACAUGAGCAGCAUAACUGUUUGAUGAAAGUCCUAGCUGACUUGAUUCUUCUACUUACAGUUGACAGUCAAUAUGUACAACAUUCGGCGGGAAAGAUUGUUGUGGCUGUUUCCGAGCUCCUGGCUCCUUCUGUCCGUAACUGGGACUCUUUGGUUCGUUCGCUCUGGAUGUGUCUGGAAUUGAUUGUCAAACACCUGUUGUCCUGUUCUCCAAUUUCAAAUGCCAAUGAGGAUUUGCAUUUUGGAUCCUCAAGUCUAAUGGUCUUAAAUCGUUGUCUGGGAAAUGCAGACUGGUCCACUGCAGCUCAUGUAAUCCAAAUCUUGCGGAAUAUACUGAAAAAUUUGAAGGAAGAGUCUGAUGGUCAGCUUCUUCGAGUUUACAACAAAUAUGUCUAUCCUUUUCUGUCAAAUGUGCCCUGGGUUCGGAUGGACGAGUUCUGUACAAAAGAGCCAAAAGUUGUGUUCUUGGGUAGUUUGAUCUCAUUUCUUUGCUCAUUGGUUGAGCAAACUGUAGCUUCAGAAUCUGAAGUCCAUCUCCAAGAUCAACAUUCAACUCUUCCCAUAGUUAUUAAUCUUGUGCCUAAACUUUUUCUUUUGUGCCUUGGCAAGGCAGAGAAUAGGGCCAAACAGUCCACCUUUCAGUAUUUCACUCACAAAUUGCUGAUGUUACUGCUGAGGCUUAGUUAUGGAACUCAUAUAAGUUGCACCACACUUGUCUCCUGGUUGCAACUUCUCCAUGAUCACUUUGAAGAGCUACUUUUGAAACCCAUGUCUAAGGUUAAGACUUGUCAAAAUGAUUGCCUAGAAGGCUCCCCGUUUCUGUCUAGCGUCUCUGAGGGAGAAGCACAACACAUGGGGCAUUCCCUUCAUUCUCAAAGGCAGGCCAUACUCCUAUUUCUUAGGUGCUGCUUCAGUUUGAUCAGCUCGACAGGAGAGAAUACCAAGCAACUUCCUAAAGCUCAUAACUCUCUCUCGGCCGUCAACAUGGUCUCUGACCCUGAUUUUUCUGGUAGAAGUAAAGGAUUUAUUGAGCUCUACAAAUGGUUCCAAGCCCACCUCCGAUAUAGCUUCUUAUGUGGAAAGGAAAUGCAUGUGGACAAGUGUAUACUUUUUGCAAGAUCUUUUCUCCAGCUAUACUUGCAUGAGGAUGACUUAUUGUUUAAGGUUCUCCUGCAGUUGGUUACUGCAUCUUCUUGUUUGGAGCAGCAGUUAGAGGGAAAGAAACAAACAUAUCAGGAUGCAGAAGAGGAUAUUGGAUUUCUAGUUUCAAAUGCUUUCAGUCCAGUGAACUUAUUCCAUCUAUUCCUCUCAGAGUUGCACUAUGAUCAUCAAGUGCUGCUUGAUUACCUUAUUUCCAAGGAUCUUGGAAUUAGUUGUGCAGAGUACCUAUUAAGGUGUUUAAGGGUUACAUGCAGUACCUGGCAUUUAUUCAUAGAGUUCUCCGUUGACGAAAAUGCUAUGCAUAGUUUAUCUCGAAAAAAGCAAAAAAUCUUGGAAGAUGGUCCUGACUUCCAGGCAGACCAAUCCUCUGCAUCUCCAACCAUGGACACUUAUCCCUCUCUUAAUGAUAAAGUUAAGAUAGACACUGACAGUAGUUGUAAGCAAAACGAAUGCAUAAGGCUUGCAUUCAUCGAGGCGAAAGAUUGUCUGCUAUCUUUGAAAGUUUCUAUAGAAAAUCUUCACCGGAAGAAUCUGUUUCCUUAUAACCCUAAAGCUCUCAUACAACGGUUGGCAAAAUUUGAGGAACUCUGCAGCAAUCAUGAUGACUUUUCCUAGAGUGCUUGCUCAGAGAGAACCAUGAUCCUUCCUCUUGCGGGCAUCCAUCAUACAAACUUGCAGAAGUUGCAUAAUUUUUUCUGACUGAGUGGGACUGGCCGCACUGUUGGACCUGAUGGGUGCUCCUAUUGAUAGUCAAUAGAAGUUUCUGGUUGCC